AAAAAGUGGAGUGGAGGUCACAUGCUUCCUGUCUAACGUGCAGCUCCAGAGGGGUCUCCACUCUGCGGACAGUCUUCCUUGUGGAGCUCCACUGUUUGUGACUGACUUCCUCUCUAUGGUAGUAUCUGAAGGUAUACCAUUGAGCAGAGCGGUGCGGGUAAAGCGCAGCCAAGCAUGGAUUCGGGACCGGAGGAGCUGAUGCCGCGGCUUCUGCCUGUGGGGAACUGCGACCUCUCCGAGGACUAUGACCCGGCAGUCCCACCGCGGACACCGCAGGAAUAUCUGAGGCGGGUGCAGCUUGAAGCUGCACGAUGCCCAGACGUAGUGAUUGCACAGAUAGAUCCAAAAAAACUAAGAAAAAAGCAAACUGUAAGCAUAGCGCUUUCAGGUUGCCAACCUGCCCCUGAAGGUUAUUCACCAAGUCUUCGUUGGCAGCAGCAACAAGUAGCUCAGUUCUCUGCAGUUCGACAGAGUCUUCAUAAGCACAGAAGUCAUUGGAGGUCCCAGCCUUUAGAUGGCAAUGUUACAAUGCCAAGCACAGAGGAUGAAGAAAGCUGGAAGAAGUUUUGUCUGGGUGAGAGGUUGCAUUCUGAUUUGGCUGCUGCUCUGAACAAUGAGAACCCAGGUAUCGAUUAUAUAAAGGUUGGAUUUCCACCUCUGCUGAGUAUUGUCAGUCGUAUGAGCCAGGCAACUGUUACAAGUGUGUUGGAGUAUCUUGUGAACUGGUUUGAAGAAAGAGACUUUACUUCAGAGCUGGGUCGUUGGUUGUAUGCAUUGCUUGCCUGCUUGGAGAAACCACUUAUGCCAGAGGCUCACUCCCUCAUCCGACAACUGGCACGCAGGUGCUCUCAAGUCAGAGCAGCAGUGGAACACAAGGAAGAUGAGAGGGUAUCUGCUUUAAACUUGUUCAUCUGUCUAGUUGGCAGGUAUUUUGAACAACGAGAUCUGGCAGAUUCUGGUGACCCUUCCUGAAGAGAUGACUGGCUGCCUCCAUUUCCCCGUUCACACAGCAAUACAUGUCCAUCCAAAGCAAGCCUCCCUUCAUUAAGUGGUGCAGCUACCAUCUUUUUUAUGUUCAGAAUUUGACUUUCAGAAAAAAAGUGGCAGUGAUGGAAUCCCUUUUUUGAAGCAGUGAUAUGAAGGGCUACACAUCAGACUAUUGCACGUAAAUAUACGAUGACCAGAAGUGGAAAAUGAUCCUACUGCUUAGAGUUAAAAAUUUAGAUUUUUAUUUUUUUUCAAAUGGCCAAAGUUGUAGAGAUUUUAAGUGCCUAAAGGGUUUUGGAAACCAUUAAUUCAUCCUUUUUGUAAAGAAUAUCAGCAGUUUUACAGAAAACCACCAAAGACCAGAACUGGAUCCAAUACAUAUGCAAAAAGCCUGGUGGCACCCUUUCAUUUAAAGUCCUUAAUUCAUGUUGCUUUGCUUGUAUGGGACCAGUGCAACAUCUACCGUGGCUUAUUAUCUUUGUAGAAGUCUAACCCCUUUUGUGCUGUGCUUCAUUACAGGGAUGGAAACAGAGGAUGGGGGUGUCCGUCAUGAUGGUUAGUUGAGAGUUGUGGCCUCCUUCGUAAUACAUCUCCCUUUUUUGUAUGGCUCUCCCCCAUGCAGAGGGUACUAUUGUACCUGUUUGCUAAGGAGAGGAGGUGGGGUUCUUAGUUUGAGUGGUUUGUAGGAUAAGUCCUGUAGUUUUCUGUAAAACUGCACCUAUCCUUUUGAUCUCAAUUCAAAGAGCCCAUCCUUGCCAGUAGAACCUGCAUGGGUUUUCCUGUUGGGACUGUUGUGGUUAAAGCAACCUGUAGCAUGGAAAACCUGUGAAACUUCUGAUAUCCAUUUUUUUUUUUUUUUUUUUUUUUUUGUAUGGAUCAAUUUUCUUAUUGUAUUUGUGGUUCUGCCUCUGCAAGCAAACCAUGUAUGAGGUUUUGAGUUAUUUUUUUUACAUAUGCAAGUCAGAUGAAAAGUGAAAGCGUGGAAUUAACAGUAUUAAUAUGUUUUUUAAAAAUAGUCUUCCUCCCAUUUAAGGACUACCUUUUUAUGUGCUUCCCAUGCAAACUGAAUUUUACUUCUCUGAAUUUCACCUUUAAGGUAUAAUUUUGCCAACACCUUAGACCUGGAUCCUUUACUACUUUGUGUGGCAAUCCCAUCCUAUAGUACCAAUGAUGGGUUAAAAAAAAUUAACUAGCAAAUUAUUGAAGGUACUUGUAUAGCGCCGUCAAUUUACGUAGCUCUUUACAUAU